AUUCAAAUCAUUGUUUUGUGAGCCAACUUCCACGACCUUUUGUCAUUUCAUUUCGCCUCUCGCCCUUUCCCACUCUGAAAAGAGCUUUCUUCUCUUCGUCUCUCUUCUCUUCUCUAGUCGCCUCUCUUCUCUUAUCUGUCAAUUUCUCUUCAUCAAGAAGGACCAGAUCGGGUUGAUGUAUCAAUCCUCUUCUCUGGGUCAUCUGGUUUCGUUUGAAAGCUCAGUAUGGUGCCAUGGUGGUUGAAGUGUGAGCGCGACCUCUGUCACUGUAAGGAGGAUCAGAUCGAUGUAUUUUUCUAGGACUUUGGGUAUGAUUAAGCAUGAGGACUCGCGCUUGAUCAGGAUCUCAAUUGGGGAUAGUUUUACUGCUUGAGUCUGAAGUUGAUAUUAAUCUCAGGAACUAUCAAAAAAGCAAAGCAAAGCUCUGUCCCAAGCUCUUAACCAAUUCUCAGAUCAAGGGGAAAAUCCGAAAAUGGAAGGAAGUAUUCAAUUAGCUGCUCCAAAUGACAUAGAUAACCCGUACACGUCAGCAUUAGAAACUUCGAUGAUGGAGAAGUUAGAUAAGUUGUUUCCUAUGUCUCCUUCGCGUUGCAUCUACCGGGUUCCUCAUCGACUACGAUCUGUAUGUGAAAAGGCCUACACACCUCAGGUAGUUUCUAUAGGCCCACUUCAUCAUGGAAAAGAGAUCUUGAAAGCCAUGGAAGAACAUAAAUGGAGGUACCUACAAUGUUUUAUACGUCGCAACAAUUUAAGCCUCAAGGAUUGUAUAAAAAUAGUCAGGGACCAAGAAACAAGUUUGCGAAGUUGUUACUCAGAGGCCAUUGAGGUUCAAAGUGAUGAAUUGAUAAGUAUCAUUCUAGUGGAUGCUGUCUUCAUCAUUGAGUUCUUACUUAGGUACUCAUACCUUGAAUUGCGAGAUGAAAAUGACUGCAUAUUUGGACCUCCAGAGAUGAUAAGUGAUAUAUGUCCUGACUUGAUGAUGCUUGAAAAUCAGCUGCCCUUCUUCAUUCUUGAGCACCUAUUCAGUUUAGACAUAUAUUCAACCCCUUUUGAGGACACCGACACACUUGAGGAUUUUGGGAGGCCUUCAAUAUUGCAUCUUUGUUACCAGUUUUUGAAUCAUAGCGGAAGAUGUAUCGGGGGAACGUUUGAUAAUUUGAAGGCCGUAUCUGAAGAAGAAGUGCAACAUUUUGUUGAUUUCCUUAGAAAGCUUUAUAUAGCACCUAUAUUUGAAUCACAAUCUGCAGGACAACCCAACCAAGUAACAGCACCUAGCAUCGAAGAGCUACACCGGGCAGGAGUCAAGUUUAAAUUUGGAUCCACCAAAAACUUGUUUGACAUAAGAUUCAAAGAUGGGAUUCUGGAAAUUCCAAAAUUAGUGAUAUGGGAUGAAACGGAGCUUGUGCUUAGAAAUUUAAUUGCCUUUGAACAAUGCCUUUGUGAAGAUAAUUACAUUAGUGAUUAUGUUCACAUCAUGGAUCAGUUUGUGAACACCCCAAAAGAUGUGGAGUUGCUUGUUCAUUACGGAAUUGUUGAACAUAUGCUAGGAGGUGGCAACAAUGAAUUGUCUACCAUGAUUAACAGCCUUACAAGAAUGGUUAAUAUUUACCCAACGAAGUUCUAUUAUGGUACUGUUUGUGAAGAUUUGAACAAGUUUCGCAGUUUGCUGUGGCAGACAAGGAUAGCAAAUUUGAGACAAAAUUAUUUCAACACACCUUGGAAAACUAUUUCUUUCAUUGCAGCAGUUUUUCUACUCAUACUCACUGCUGUUCAAACGAUCUGCUCAAUUAUUUCUCUGAAGCCUUAACCAUUGAAAUGCACCUCCAUUGUUGGGUCAUGUGCUCAUCCUUUUCCAUUACUUCAGAAGCAAUACGUACAGAAGUCUUGCUUCUCUCCUUUAUGUAUUCUUUUUGCAUGACGAGGCUCAUCAGCUUUACUUGAAGUGAAUGGAAGUGUGCGUGGGCAGACCGAUAUCAAGUAUUGUCGAGUGAUUGAAUUAGUCUUCUUCAUGUGUUGUAAUGAGAUUUGUAUUGUCUUGUUUCUUUUACAUGGUGUAACGAGAUUCGUAUGUACGUCUUGUUGAAGUUGAUAAGUAACAUAAUUUGUUGUUAAUAAUUCAACUUUGUCAUUGGUAUCUGCUAUAUAUUUCAUGUCAGAUGUACCUGCAUCUGUAUGGUACGGUCCAGAUCAUUAAUCAUUUAAUAUCCUUA